CCUAUGAUCCGAACUUUGUCCACAGCCGCAAUAUGUUAACUCUGUACCGUAGUAAUGCUUGCAUUUUGGUGAUAGUACCUGUAAGAUUUGAUUAGCCUGGUGUACCGUAGUGUAGUUAAAAACAACGGACAGUAGUGAAAUGAAACAGCUGCAGAAAAUACCUCUACAACCUUUACGGUGUAGUCCCGCAAGCAUUUACAAGCGCACAAAUACGAUGGCUCUGAAAAAACUCAUUCUCGAUGGUACUGUUUGCUUAUUGCUUGUAUACGGAGCCAGCACAGUUAUAUGUCCAGUUGCAGCAUCUUCGCUUUCGCUGUGUGAAGGCGGCCAUACAUGUCUGCCACCCAAGGAAUGCUGUGCGAAAGGAUGCUGCUACCUAUACGCACCACCAGGCGGAGCCCCACGCGUACCCGUCGCCGAUGCUGACCAUGUUUUGAACAUGUUUUUUGUGAACCACUGGUAUUUCUGGUGUUUUCUGGUUGCCAUUAUGCUGGCACUGCUUUGUGCAUGCUCGUUGUGGAGGAAGAGGCGACAGCUGUGCGGCUGGGAAACCUCUGGACGGCAUUCGCAGUCCGAAGGUGACUCGGCUGGUUCUUGCUACGCACCACCGCAGUACAGUCGCUGCAACUCCUUCCAUAUCCACGCACCGCCACCGUACAUGGAGGUGGCAUCAAAACCCGAUCUCUAUCCGCUCGUGUUCAGCUAUACUGACCCUGGUAAGGGGAAUGGUGCCAACUACUUGAUGGUGCAGUACUUCAGAAACUACCUGAUGCAGCCGCUGGGAUCGAUGUCUGGAACCAGCACUGUGGAUUCGCUCAGUUCCAGCUUCAUCUGCACCGCCAACGAGGCCAAUACGCUAGUGCCUCCGCCUUACUCUCGCGCGGCAAGUCCGGAUAUGCCAGCAUCGGUUCGUAACUGUCCCCUGCAACGAUCAGCAUCGCAGCAGGUGUGUGCAGCGCACGAUGGUAUUCUGGGUAGUCAAUCCGCAUCAGCACACAUACAAUGUGCGCGCGACGACGAAGCCGCCUCGGAACAUGACCGUACACUCUCCAGGGACCAACCGAGCGAAGAGCUGCUGCCGGAUAGUUCGACAUCGAUCAACAACAGCUUGAGCUGCAGUAAUGUUUGCCACAGUGAGCCCGUUACAGUACUGCGGCCGGCACACCAUCGUCAUCGUCAUGCUUCGAUCGACCGUUUGGGUGAUAAGGAUGCGGCUUCACAGUGCGUGUUAGAAUCGGGAAAUGGCAUGUUCAGUCGUAUGCCGGAUCAGGAUGAAAUUGGAACCGAAACGAACAGCAGGCAGAAGCCAUCGUAUCAGCUGCAACCAAUGAACCGAACCGUGUCGUACCCGUCGCCGCCAACCAAUUCCCUGGGCUCGUUUGAAAAGCGCGCGGCAAUCAGUGGCGGAUCACACCUCGGUCACUAUAGUAGCUGUUUGGAUAAUGCACGCGAUUCACUGGCAUUGAAUAACAAGCGAGGCACUCUUGCACAUCGGCACGAGACUAUAUGUAAGCUUUGCAACUUAAUGGGCAAUAUGACCGGCAGCGUACCGGUGGAGCUGUUUCGCCAAAUACAGCCGGAACGUCCCGUACAACGAAAGAGCAUGGAAGCUUGCUGUGAUGUGCUGGCUCCAAACAAUAAUGCCCAGCAGCAGUACAUACUGCAGCAGCAGCAUCAGUGUCCAUCGCAGCAACAAAUCAGAAAUCAGAGCCAGCAGCAAUAUCAGCAGAAAAACAUUUUAGAGCUUUCCGGAAACAGUGAUGAUUCCAUGAUGAUCGAGGAUACUGGUGAGAAAACGGAGGCCCAGAUGCGGAGCUCGUGCAUCGGCUCUUGUACCGGUUCCAACGUGUCCAGUUUGCUAAACAUCGAUUCACUCCACUCGCCACCACGUGCCACGAGCCCAACAGCAGAGGUGCGCGAGCUUUUGGAGCAAAUACGCCAGUUGCACGACGGAAAUCAGCAACGACACACGGAGGCUCCCCAGGAACCGAGUGGUAUUGUUCCGGCAAUGCCACCGGGGAGAAGUAGUGAGGAGGUGAAUGGUAAUGGUGCGCCACUGCCAACCAACCGGCGGCCAUCUUCAUUGACCAGCAAACGAAGUAAGCUAUUUAACAAAUAUGCUAUACAAUGUAUGCCAUCGGUGGCUAGUGGCGGUAGUAGUAGACGGGCUAUGUACAUACCUAUUGCAUCGACACCGAAUGCGUAUAUAGCGACACCCUCUGCCGUACGGUGCCACCUUCGCAGCCCGUCAUCGAUGUCAUCGGCAGCCACCAGCUUUCUUAGUCGUGGGCGUAGCCGUUACAGCUGGAUGUCUAAGUCUGCACCAACCACUCCGGGUACUGUUGCGCCAGGUGGUGGCGCCGGUCCGGCAUUGUGCGAUAACAGCCCGCUACUGCUUAACGAGCAGGACGAGGAUGGCGAACAAAAUAUGAUGCGGUGUUUAGAGGUUAUACUAGCGGUGGCGAUAUUCGGUGGCGAUGCCAUCAACAGGGUCGAUCCGGCAGAUCCGGCCAAAGAGUUGGGCAGUAUUGUAUGUGGUGUGCACGAAUAUCAGUGCGAGAACGGUGCGUGCAUUCCGCUCGCUGGCCGGUGCAAUGAGAGCAAGGAGUGUGCCGAUGGUAGUGAUGAAUCGGAUUGCGAAUAUUUCCUGUGUCGGGGACCGUUCUGGUACAAAUGCAAGGGAGAAGCGACGUGCAUCAGUGCCGCUAGCCGGUGCGACAAGCACCUGGACUGUGUGUUCGGUGAUGACGAGGAAAACUGCGACAACUACGAGGUGCCACACAGGCCGCUCUUGUGCGGGAAGUCGGAGUUCACCUGCACGGACAAGGUGUGCAUCCCGCUCGAUCUCAUGUGCGACGGCAUCGACCACUGUCCGGACGGUUCGGACGAAACGAUCGGCUGCAUCGAUAUCGACAGCAAGUGCAGCGGGUUCCUUUGCCGCAACAAGCACUGCCUACGUACCAGCAGCUGGGUGUGCGACGGAAUGCGCGAUUGUAGCGAUGGUUCCGACGAGGAGCACUGUGUGCACGAGUGCACGCUCGAGCACGGUAAGUUCGAGUGCGCCAACAACGACACGUGCAUCGCCAUACAGGAGGUUUGCAAUGGAAAGGCUGACUGCGAUGACGGCAGUGACGAGGGAGCGGGCUGUAAGAAUGACUCGUGUGCCGAGCUGAAGUGCGGUGACCGGCCAUGCAAGCGGAUGCCGAACGGUCGCUCGGUUUGCCUGUGCGAGACCGGAUUCCGAUUUAACAACGUCACGCACCAGUGCGAGGACAUCAACGAGUGUGACCGGUACGGGCUGUGUAGCCAGGGAUGCAUCAAUACGCCCGGCUCGUUCCGCUGCACGUGCGUCGAUCAGUUCGAGCUGAAGCGGGACCAGCGGACCUGCGAGCUGACCACCGGUACCGAGGCUCUCAUGCUCUACACAACCCAGCGCUCGAUCGGUGCCCUCUAUCUGUCCUCGCUGCAUCAGUAUUACGUGGCGAAGGAGCUAUCGCAGGUGAUUGGCGUCUCGUACGAUGGCCAGCACGUAUACUGGACGGACAUUGCGCACAAAACCGAAUCGAUCGAACGGGCCCAGGAGGAUGGCAGCAAGCGCGAGCUGCUGCUGACGGCCGGGCUCAUCUCACCGGAGGACAUCGCACUGGACUGGCUGACCGGCAACAUUUACUUCAGCGACAGUGGCCAGAUGCACAUAGCGGUCUGCUCGAACGAUGGUUUCUACUGUAAGGCGAUCGUGCAGGAGCAGCUGCACAAACCGCGCGGCAUCGCGCUGCUACCGCAGAACGGUUCUCUUUUCUACAGCGACUGGGGCGACAAUGCCCAGAUCGGGCGCGCCCGGAUGGAUGGCAGCGAGCAGCAGAUCAUUGUCAGCGACGGCAUCCACUGGCCGAACGGGCUGACGCUCGAUUGGCCGAACGAGCGGCUUUACUGGGUCGAUGCGAAGCUGAAGCAGAUUGAGAGUAUGCGCUUCGACGGCCGCGACCGGACCGUCGUCCUGUCCGGCGUGCUGAAACACCCGUUCUCGGUGGCCGUGUUCAACGACCGCAUCUACUGGUCCGACUGGGACACGAAGAGCAUUCAGUCGUGCGAUAAGUUUACGGGCAAGGGCCGCCAAAACAUGGUCCACGAUCGAGUGAUCUUUGACGUUCACAUAUACCACUCGAGCCUUCAUCCGAAAUCGCACCACCCAUGCCAGAACCAUACCUGCUCGCACCUGUGCCUGCUCACGUCGAACAGCACGUACGCGUGCGGCUGCCCGAGCGGCAUGAUGCUGCAGCCGAACAGGCACACGUGCCAGGAGACGGCCAAGCGCCAGUCGUUGCUGUUGGGCAUCGGGAGCUACCUGUUGUCGCUGAAGCACCACCCGUUCGGUCGCCAUGAGGAGGGUAAGGGCGAACCGUUGCCCAUCAACAUUAGCCGGCUCGCGUUCAACAGUCUCACCGGCGAGGUGCUAGUGGCGGAUAACGUGCAGAAGGCUAUUUUUGCGGUAAACUUGGAAACGAAGCAAACGCGAGCCCUCGUCACCACUGGCAUCGGUUCGGUAGCGUCGCUUGCGCUGGACUAUCUCAGCAACACGGUCUUCUGGUGCGACACGGAUAGGUCGACUAUUGAGAUAUACAGUUUGGACACUCAUCACCGGUCCAUCGUGCAGCAUUUCCUCGGUGGGGACAGUCCCGUGGCGCUGGCACUCAUUCCGGAGAUCGGAAAGAUGUUCAUCGCGCUACGCUCCCGGGCGGCACCGUGGCAUACGCACAUCGACCAGCUCGCCCUGACUGGCCGGGGUCCACAUGCGCACGUGAUGGAGGACCGUAUCGGUAGCAACGGCAGUAUCGGCUUCCACGUCGAUCACGAUCUACGGGCCGUGUUUUGGAGCGACCAAAGCAGCGGGCGUAUCGAGAUGACCAGUUACGAGGGCGACACGAGACACCUGUACCGGGACUAUCUGCGCCAUCCGGUGUCGAUGACGGUGAUCGGGGACGAGCUGUUUUGGACCGGGUACCGCUCGCAGCGCCUCUACUGGUCGGAUAAGCACAACAUGGGCGUCACGAAACGGAUGACCAUUCCGAUGCCACCCGGUGUGGCCAUCCCGGAGCGGAUUCCGGUGGCCGCCACCCAGCCGAUCCGUCGGCAGGAGCAUCCGUGUCGGCACCGGAACGCUGGCUGUUCGCAUAUCUGUGUUGCCGCUGGGCUGUACAGUGCGGCCUGCGUUUGCCCCACCGGUAUGGUGUUCAACACUUCGCUCAGCAAGGUGUGCGUCCGUGCCGUCGAUUGUGAGAGCCGGUGCGAGUCGGGCGAGUGUUUGUCAGCCGGCAAACGCUGCAAUGGCCACCCCGACUGCCCGGAUGGUUCGGAUGAGCGCAACUGCCAGCCACGGCACGGUCCGCUCGAGGCGCGCGUUUCUGUCCAAUGCCGCUGGAACGAGUUUCGUUGUGCCGAUGGUAGAAAGUGCAUCUCAGCGAAGCGGCGCUGUGACAAGGUGCACGACUGUGCCGAUGCCUCGGACGAAGCGAAUUGCGACGGGUACGUGCGGCAUGGUGAGUGCCGGGAGUCGCAGUUCACCUGUGCGAACGGUUUAUGCAUCGAUGCGAAUGGGCGCUGCGAUGGGUAUGCUGAUUGUCGUGAUGGUUCGGACGAGCUAGGUUGCAAGCCGAUUGCUGGAAGCAACAGCAGCAGCAGCAACGGUAACGGCAACGGCACGACGGUUACGUGCGCGCCCCACAUGUUCCGCUGCAACAGUGGCCAGUGUUUGCCGCGCUCGUGGGAGUGCGACGGGACGCCGGACUGUACCGAUAGUUCGGAUGAGCAUUCCCAGUGCCACAAUUCGGAAAAGACCACCUGCCGUCCCGGUUACCACACGUGUUUGGCCAGCGGGGUGUGCAUCGAGGGGUCAUUGGUUUGCGACGGCAACGACGACUGCGGUGACGGUUCGGACGAGGAGAGCUGUAGCCACCACGAGCAGCAGGACACAAUCUGUGCGCACCCGGACAAAGCCAACGCGUCGCUAUUCUACUGCACUCGCUCUAGCCACUGUUUCGACGCUAGCGCUCGCUGCAACGGGACGGCCGAAUGUCCGCACGGUGAGGAUGAAACCGACUGCCCGGGAUGCGCUCACCAGGAGUUUGCGUGUGCGAAUGGUCAAUGUAUACCGCGCGAGUGGCGCUGCGAUAAGGAGCUUGACUGUGCCGAUGGUUCCGAUGAGUGGAACUGCACGGUGACCGACCGGCGAACGCACGAAUCGCCCCAACACAUUCUCUGCGGUGUGGAUGAGUUCGAGUGCUCGGCAGGAGAGUGUGUUGAUGUGGCGAAGCUGUGCGAUGGUAAGGCAGACUGUAGCAAUGGCCGGGAUGAGGGUGCUAGCUGUAGCAGCGCCUGCCCCGGUGGACGCGGUCCGUGCACUCAAAAGUGCACCAAAACACCGGCCGGAUCGGUGUGCAGCUGUUUCGAGGGGUACGCGCUACAGGGUGACCGGAAGAGCUGUGCGGACCUGAACGAGUGCCAGACCGGUACACCGUGUGCGCAGAUUUGUGCGAAUGUCCCCGGCUCGUACCGGUGCUCGUGCUACGAUGGGUACAUGCUGAAACCGGACAAGAUGACUUGCAAGGCAACGGGUGCGAACUACUACAUCCUUUACGCACGGUACGAUAAGGUACGCAAGUUCGAAAUUAAGCCACCCACCGUCACAACGUUGGCGCGUGCGACCAGCAGCAGAAUUACGUCGAUGGAUGCCAAUAUGCACCAGGGCAAGUUGUACUACACCGCGGAAAACACGUCCGCCAUCUUUGAGACGGAUCUGAUGGGCAAUGAGUCGCGCAUCGUGCUACGGUCGGUCGGCAAACCCGAGAAGCUCGCCGUGGACUGGGUGGCGAACAAUGUAUACUUCAUCGAUGGGAGCGAACCAUCGAUCAAGGUGUGCAGCAUCGGGCGGGCCAACUGCGCCCGGCUGGUCACAUUUAUGCGCCAGAACUUCCUGAAGGCGCUGUGCGUGGAUCCGGUCAACAAGUACAUGUUCUUCUCGGUACUGUACUCGUGGGUGUUCAAGAUACCGCAUGCCAUCUUUCGGGCGAAUCUGGACGGUACGCUGAAGGAAAUUGUCACGCGCGAUGAUAGCCUAGCAUCGGCGCUAGCGGUGGACCACCAUACCGAAACGCUCUACUACACCGAUCUGGUGAAGAACACGCUCAGUCGGGUGGAUUACGAUGGCAAGAACAUGAAGGUGCUGGUACGGGAACAACCGCACAUCCUCAACAAUCCGAUCGGUUUAAUACUGCACGAAAACCAUGCCAUCAUCCUGAACCGAGCGGCCGCCGGAGGUAUCGGCGAGUGCCAGCUAUUUGGCAGCUACGAGUGUCAACGGUUCGGCAUUAACGUGCCGCCGGCUAAUCUGCUGCUACUGGUGCAGCUCUCGCGCCAACCGUUGAUCGAGAAUGUGUGCGCUGCUAGCGCAAACCAUUGUUCGCACCUGUGCGUACCGUCGAAGGGCAAACCGAUCUGUGUGUGUCACAAUGGACAGUCAAUAGCUGCAGGCGAUCGGUGCCCGGACUCGCGGGAUAGCGCGAUGGCGAUCGUGAAACCGGCGAACCGCCAGGCGCUAGCUGAGGAUAGCCUGCUAGCAGCCGGUUCGCCCGACAGUGGCGAAGGCGUCAUGGUAAAGCUGUUCAAAUAUGGCAUAACGUGGCUCUGCAUUUUCGGGCUCAUCGGUAGUGUAUUGUACUACUUUAAGUGGCGCCGCGCUCGAGACGUGUUCGAUGUCGGCAUACACUUCCACAACAUGGAACUCAGCACGCUCGCGGACACGGAGUCGCACGCGAACUUAAAACCAGAGCGCAAAAUAAUAGGAACGCGGCAGGAAAUCACGUUUGUUAAAGGAGACGAGCAGGGCGAGGCUAUGAGCAACGGCAACGGCGACAGCGACGGUGACGGUGACGGCGACUACUGGCAUACGCCGUACGGAGACUCGAAAGAGCUUAGUGCCCAAUUGUUACCGUAAGAUUUUGUUUGAAAGUUACCGAAACAUAAAUGUCCUCCACCCCCCCCCCCUUCCCCC